AUGCAAUCCAUAGCCAUUAGUGGCGUUCCUCAACAUAUCGCUAUAGUUGAUCUCAACCAUGAUAACAUGUUGGACAUUAUUGUUAUAAUUGAAUUUGAAGACUAUGUGUAUAUAUACUUGGCGAAUAUUAAUGGAACAUUUCUAUUAGAUUCAGCAUUGUUUAUAACACAUAACAGCAACUCACAAGGAUUAAUUAUUGCUGAUUUUAACAAUGAUACUCAUUUAGAUAUUGCUAUAAUGAAUACAAAUAGUCUCCAUAUUCAUAUAUUUUAUGCCAAUACUAAUGGAAGUUAUCAGCCACAGAAAUGGCUUUUCACUGCCAUCGAUGCUAUUUAUGCUGGGGUAGUAGCCAGUGACUUUGAUAGUGAUAAUCGAAUCGAUAUUGCUUUUCUUUAUGGUUGGAGACAUAUAGUCUGUAUGCUAUACCGAAAUAAUAAUAAUAGUUUUCAUGUUAAUGAGCAAAUAAUCAUGGAAUCUUCCAUACAAUUGAACUCAGUAGUGGUAGGUGAUUUAAAUGGUGAUAAUUCUUUAGACAUCGUUAUUGGAACAAUUUCUCAAUAUGAAAUCUAUGGUUUACUUGGAAAUGGAAAUGGAGAUUUUCAAAUACAAACUAUUCAUUCGAAUAAUCUUUUUAGUUAUCAAAUAUGGAAUGAUGUCACUGAUUUCAAUAAUGAUAAUUGCCAAGAUAUAAUUAGUAUAAAUAUUGGUACUAAUUACAUAGAUAUUUUCUUAAAUACAUGUGAAUGUUCAAUACAUUAG